CAUGACUAUGAAAAAUAUCGAUCCGCUGCCGACUCGGAGACAAACAGACUGUUAAUGUGCUGUACAACACCUCUCCACUCUUCACCUCAAAGAUGAUCCAAUUCAGACUGAUGACAAUGGCUGCACUGCUCUGCUCUCUUCUCAGUGCUGAUGGAGGGAAAGUCCUUGUUUUCCCUGCGGAUGGAAGCCACUGGGUCAACAUGAAGGUUCUCAUCCAAGAGCUCCAUUCCAGAGGUCACAACAUCACAGUGAUCAAACCCAAAACCAGUGGGUACAUCAAAGCAGAGUCCCAUCAGUACCAGUCAAUCACCCUCGAUGUUGUUCCUGGAUUUGAUGUGAACGAAAUGAAUAAUUUCACAACAAAAACGCUGCAGCUCCGGCGUGAGCUCCAAAUUUCACCUUCAGCUUACAUCAAAACUGCAGCAGAGUUUUUUAAGAUGGUAGAUAAUAUUCACAAAGCUGUGGUUGAUAACAUGCAAAAGAUUUUUGAGGAUGCUAAACUGAUGCAGUUCUUCCAAGAGGCCGAAUAUGAUGUUCUUCUGACUGACCCUUGCUUCGGUGGAGGGGUUCUUCUGGCUCAUCGGUUGGGUCUGCCUCUGGUCUUCAAUGUACGAUGGACAAUCAUGGAAGAUGGACAUUACACAGUUGCCCCCUCACCUCUCUCAUAUGUUCCCAUAGCAGGCAGUGAACUGACUGAUAAGAUGAGUUUUUGGCAAAGGAUGAAAAAUGUUUUUUUCUCAUUAAUAAUACUUAAUAACCGCAAUAUGAUAAAAGAGACUCACUACACACCAUUUGUCCACCGUCACUUUGGUCCUGAUGUCCACUAUGAUGAGCUCGUUCAGGCAGCAGAUAUUUGGCUGAUGAGAACUGACUUCACCUUUGAGUUCCCUCGUCCAACCAUGCCUAACAUUGUGUACAUGGGUGGGUUUCAGUGUAAACCCUCCAAAGCGCUUCCUCAAGAUCUGGAGGACUUUGUCCAGAGCUCUGCGGAGCACGGUGUCAUUAUUAUGAGUUUGGGGACCUUGGUGGGGAAUCUCCCUGAGGAUAUAGCAGAAGAUGUGGCUGCUGCUUUUGCACAGUUACCUCAGAAAGUCAUCUGGAGGCAUACUGGAAAGAGACCAUCCACCCUGGGAAACAACACCUUGCUGGUGGACUGGCUGCCACAAAAUGACCUCUUAGGACACCCAAAGACAAGAUUGUUUGUGGCCCACGGAGGCACCAACGGACUUCAAGAGGCCAUCUACCAUGGAGUUCCCAUCAUCGGCCUUCCUCUGGUGUUUGAUCAGCACGAUAACCUGUUCAGAAUGAGAGCGAAGGGUGUUGCCAGAGUGCUGGACAUCGGCACAUUGAACAAAGACAACUUCCUGGAGGUGUUGAAGGUGGUGCUUUACGAGCCGUCCUACAGGAAGAACAUUCAGGAGCUCUCCAGGCUGCACAGAGACCAGCCCAUGAAGCCUCUGGACCGAGCCAUGUUCUGGAUCGAGUUUGUCAUGAGACACAAGGGUGCUGCUCACUUAAAGACCAACUCCUACAAAAUGUCCUGGAUUCAGUACCACUGCAUAGAUGUAAUCACACUGUUGCUAGCAUUAGUCAUGCUGAUGUCACUGAUUUGUAUUUUAAUUGUGAAAUGUUUGUGGCAUGAAGUAUUUGGUGGGAAGAAAUACAACCCAAAAUAAUCUAGAUAAUAUCUUCUCACAGAGAACACAGAGAGAAAGAUGAUGAAGAUAUAAUAAACUCAGUACUAAUCUGUAACUUGGACAACCAAGUUUUAAUGGUGAUGGUACAGCAGCACAUAAUGUGAGCCUCUUCAGAGCUGAAAAGGCUUUUGGCAGAGAUAUCAUUCCUAUGAGGAUUUUCUUUUACAAAUGGAACAGUUUUUGUUUUUAGUGUCUGAACACACAUGGCAACUCAGGAAACGUUAAAAAAGAGUAUCUUUCUCAUACAUUCAUGUUUUAUACGCAAUAUUUUCCUUACUCCAUCUUAGAGUAACAUCAUAUUUGAAAUAAUCACUCCUUUUACUUUACUCUCAUUUAAAGUAACUAAAAUGUAUUCAUAAAAUACGGUCACUGUUGGAAGCCUAGCAUGUUGAAAAUGAAAUAUGCAACCAACAGCAGUGUUAUCAAAUCC